AUGACGAUACCCAGCAUUCGUCGACUGGCCGCCGCGGCAGUAGCAGCCAUCCCUGCAGACUGUCGAUUUCUGACCAGCAGGGCGUCUCCAGUGGACAACGCCGACACACAACAGUUCACACAAGCAUGCCAAAACUUGGCCAAGGAGCUCCAGAUACCAAACAGCACAUUCGUGUCGGCCGACUUUGUGCCCGCCAACACGACGCUGCAGUUCCCCAACGUCGACCCCGCCUGCAACAGGCCGACGCAGCUCGUGUCGGUGCCGCUCUGCCGCGUCCAGUCCAACAUCACCACCUCGACCACUUCCGGUCUCCACUUUGAGGCCUGGCUGCCGCAGAACUGGACGGGGCGGUUCUUGAGCACCGGCAACGGUGGGCUUGGGGGCUGCGUCCAGUACGACGACGUCGAGUGGGCGGCCUCGCUGGGUUUUGCUACAGUGGCAACAAACAAUGGCCACGACGGCAUGAGCGGGAAGCCGUUUUUCCAAAAGCCCGAGAUCGUUGAGGAUUUUGCCUUUCGCGCCAUUCGAACCGGCGUCGUGGUGGGCAAGAAUGUGUCUCAGGCGUUUUACGGCAAGCCGUACAGCAAAAGCUAUUACCUGGGGUGCUCCACCGGCGGCAGGCAGGGCAUGAAGAUGGUGCAGGACUACCCGGACCUGUUUGACGGCGUGUCGGCGGGUGCGCCGGCGCUCAACUUCAACAACCUCAACACGUGGAGCGGUCAUUUCCUCCCGGUCACGGGCUCCAACACGAGCGACACCUUUGUCAGCCAGGAUCUGUGGAACGUCGUACACCAGGACAUGCUGAGCCAGUGCGACGCGCUCGACGGCCUGGCGGACGGCAUCCUCGAGGCGCCGGACCUGUGCCGCUACAAAGCCGACGGCCUACUCUGCGGCAACGGCACCGCGCAGCCCGGGUCCUGCCUGACCGCCAAGCAGGUCAACACGGUCAACACCAUCUUCAGCGACAUGCUGGCGCCCAACGGCACGGUCCUGUACCCGCGCAUGCAGCCGGGCAGCGAGGCGACCGGGGCCUUUGACACGUACUACAACGGCCAGGCCAGCGACAAGUCGGACUGGAUAAAAUUUGUGGUCAUGGCGGACCCGGACUUUGACCUGGCCAAGUUCACGCCCGACCUGUGGGCCAGGAGCGACGAGCUGAACCCCGCCAACAUCGCGACGCUCGAGGCCGACAUCUCGGCGUUCCGCGACCGCGGCGGCAAGCUGCUGCACUACCACGGCACCAUGGACCCCGUCAUCAGCAGCGACAUGUCGCCGCGGUACUACGAGUCGGUGCGCGCCGCGCUGCGCCUGGAGCCGGCCGACAUGGACGCCUUUUAUCGCUACUUUCGCAUCUCGGGCAUGGGCCACUGCAGCGGCGGGCCCGGCGCCCACUUCAUCGGCAACCAGCGCAAGCAGCUGGCCUUUCUGGACAAGCCCGACGAGAGCGUGCUGAUGAGCCUGGUGCGGUGGGUGGAGCAGGGCCAGGCUCCGGACUUUGUGGCGGGGACGGCGUUUGUGGGCGAUAAGCAGGGUGGGCAGGUUGCCUUUUCGCGGAAGCACUGCAGGUGGCCGCUGAUGAACAAGUUUAUGGGUGGGGACUCCAACAGCGCCGAUUCGUGGUCGUGUGUAUCUUACAAUGCUACUACUUAA